AUGGCCGCCCACUCCGAACCCGAUAUCGUUUUGUACGACUUGGCCUGUACUAAGAACGUCGGCUUCUCUCCCGUUGUCUGGCGCAUUCGCCUCAUGCUCAACUAUAAGAAUAUUCCUUACAAGACUGUUUUCCUCGAGUUUCCGGACAUUGAACCCACGCUAAAAGAACUUGGCCUGGUUCCAGAAAAUUCCGCCAAAUACACUGUCCCCGCAAUCCAACAUGUGCCAACUAAUACAUACAUUAUGGACUCGCUCCCUAUCGCGCAGUUCCUAGAGUCGAUUUACCCAAACCCGCCCGUACCACUAACAUCAGAACUUGGUCGGGAGAUCGAGGCCAAGGCACGCGGUGUCCUUGGCAAGGCCAUCUACUCGUCAGUGAUGCCACGCGAGAUCCGCAUUUUAUCACCACGCUCGCAAGAGUAUUUCCGGCGCACACGCGAAGCCUCCCUCGGGCACCGUCUUGAAGAUCUCCUUGACGGGGACAAAGAAGAGCGGGUCUGGAAUGAUGUUAGCGCCGCCAUGGGCGCUGUUGGCGAGCUGAUCCGGACAAACAAGGCGGACGGACCGUUUGUGCUUGGUGCGCGGCCAAGCUACACUGAUUUCUUCAUUGCCGGUUCCCUUCAGUCUAUUAGGGUGGUUGAUGAGGGCGUGUUUCAGAGGAUGAUCGGGUACCCUGGCUACGGGGAGGUUUAUGAGGCAUGUCUGCCUUACAUGGGAAAGAAGGAUUGA